AGUAAAGAAACAGAGAAGACAAAAUAUAAACAGCCUCGCUCAAUUCCUUCUCAGAUAGUUGACUUUUUGCUCCCUGGAUGUUUUUUUCGUCUAAACCCUAAAAGAAGACAAAAAGUCAAAUCCGCGGAAAGAGAUAAAAGCUUGAGGUGUCGUUUCGUAGAUCCGAUUCUUCGAAAUUAUUCUAUUCGAGACUUUUUCAUUCCUCCAAGGAUUGUUUGGCUGCUGGGAAAAUCGUCCUUCGAGAAAAGUUUCCAUUUUUUGUCCGCUAAAGUGUAGAAGAGAGGCAAGGAAGAGAGAGUUUUUGUCCACCAGAGUGCUGAUCUGUUAACCGAGAAGGGUUUUGCUAUUUUCCGGGAAAGUUUUCAGCUUUUCCGGGAUAGUGAGGAAGAGAGAGAUUAGUGAAGAAGAGGUUUAGAAUUUGGGAGACAUGCCCUGUUGAUGAAGCUCAGUACCUGUAAAGCUCAUAAAGUAAGGACGUUCUUGUUCUUGAAGAUCUUGCGUCUGCUGUGUUGAAGAAUUGUCCUCUUUGACACGAGAUUUAUGUCUUGAACAAUGAGAGCAGAUAACGAACAUGUUUUUGGUAACUCAGUAGAGAGUCUCGAAGAUGAUGCUAAGCCUCAUUGUCACCCUGAUAACAACUGGGAGGACAAUGAGCUGAAGAUUCCAGGAAACGGGAAUGAGAAUGCAUGUGACUUGUUCGUUGAUAAAUUGGACGACGAGAAUGGUGGAGACAAAGUGAAUGGUGAUCAUUUUUCUGCGGAAGGGGAUUCGCUCGAGAAGGAGGGUUCAGUCUUCUACAUGGACAAAAGUGUUACGGCCUGCGACUUGCCUGAGAUAGUAGUUUGUUACAAGGAAAAUACUUAUCAUGUUGUCAAGGAUAUAUGCGUCGAUGAGGGUGUGGCUGUGAAGGAGAAGUCCUCGUCCAACGAGAACGAUUCUUGCAAGUGUAUCUCUGAUCAGUGUGGCUCAGAGGAUCCAGUGAAGGCACAAGCAAUUGUGAAUGCUUUUACUGCAACAGCAAUGGGAACCUCGGGAUCUAAAUCUUCAGACAUCAUUCCCGUCGAAGUCAAUGAACAUUCUGAGUUCUGUAAUGCCUCUGUGUCUGGUUCCGAGAGUGUGGCAAUGCACCGAGAUGUGAAAGAUGCGACAGAGAAGACACCGGAUGUACAAGAGCCUUCAACGGGAGACUGUGCUGAUGCCGGUGAAUCAAGAAAACGCGAUCAAGAAAAUUUGAUUGCGACGGGGGAAGUUAUGGAUUACGCAAACUGCUCUGACGUAGAGGAUAUGCCCACGUUAGAUGCGCCUGAAACCUCGCCGGGAACUGGUUCUGACAAACAUAUUUGCACACAGGGAAAGACUGAGAACUUGUUGGCCAAGGAUGAAGUUGAUGCAGAAGGAAUCACUACUAAGGAUUCUUUAACUCUGGCAGAUGUUAUGUCAAUGGAAGAUUGCAAGAAACUUUUCAACCACAACCACAAAAGCCAUGGACCUGAAGAACAAUGUUCUCAGGAAUCAAGCGGGAAGCGAAGCUUGGAAAGUGGAGCUCUUUCACUUGAGGUUGAUGGAACAGAGAACUCGAGAACCGGUGAAGUAUCACCUUUAAUAAUGUUGCGGUCUGGAGAAAACAGCUGCUGCGACAAGAACGAUGAUUCAAGCAAAGCUUCUCGUGUUGAUUCUGAAACAGGGUCGAGAAGUAACGAGCUUCAAAGGAUUGAACCCGGGUCCUACUACUACCUGCCCGAGGACCCGGGUGACCAUCGUCAAUUUCCGAGUCAUUUCAUGAGCGGAUUUGGCGAGACGAGUUUCUCGGCGGCAGAGCCCGUUUCAGGGCAUAUAACUUACUCGGGUCCAAUCGCCUUCUCGGGUAGCCUCUCUGUUCGUUCUGACGGAAGCACGACCAGUACUCGCUCUUUCGCCUUCCCUGUGUUGCAGUCAGAAUGGAACAGCAGUCCCGUAAGAAUGGCAAAAGCCGACAAGAGACAUAUCCGGAGUCGGAAAAGUUGGAGAGAUGCUCUUUGCUGUUGUAGUUUCUGAUCAUCAUAUGCUUAACUGCUGUAUUAUAGGAAAGGGUUCAUGAAAAAAAAUGCUUUUUUUCCUCUUUAUUAUUUAUUUAUUUAUUUAUUACUUCAUGGGUUUAUGAUCUGGAAAAUAAAAUAUAUUUUUCUCGGGACAGUUUGUAAUGGGCAAUAUGAGUUGGGUUUCAGCCAAUAGCUUUUGAGAUUGGUCUCAUGCGUGUCGGUCGUGAUAUGUAGUCCAGAGGCUUGUCAUAGUUUUUGU